AUGCUGAAGAAGCCCAAGCAUGCAUCGGCCAUGACGAUCCCGGCUGCGGUCAUCGGGUCGCUCGUCGAGUACAUGGACGCGCGCCUGGACGCCAAGGCCAUCCUCUUGGCCAUCCCUCACGACGAGCUCACGGCGCCGCUGGCCGCGCUCCGCCGGCUCAUGACCACCGCGAAGGCCUUUGACGGGCAGUGGCCCAUGGUUAAUCCCGAGUUCGUCCCGGACGACUACAUUCAACUCGUCUUCGUCGCGCUCCCCGUUAUUCCGAAGUUGCAGGUCAACUCGGUAUGGUGCAUGGAAGAUCAACUCCGCGACUGCGACCUCGACGUGGCGACUGUGUUAGCCGCACUGACGCCCAAGCUCACGGCGAUGGUUUUCUGGUACACGGAUCCGUUUGAAAAGCCGCCCUUGCGAUCAUUUUUGCCGAUGUGCACGCGGCUCGUGCACGUCUCCGUCUACGAGCGCGAUAUCGCUGCAGCAGUAUUGCCGCUGCUGCCGCCGAGCGUUUGCGAGUUGUCUCUUCAUGGCCAAGAGUAUGGCCCCGAUGAUCUCGCGGCCCUGUCACGGUGGCUCAAGACGGGGCGUGCCAAACGCCUCGUUUUGAAUCAGUUCAACUCGGAAACAAGUGCUGGUGCCAUGGCCGAGAUGCUGGCGACGACCGCCUCCGUCACAAGCGUGGCGUUGAUCGACUCCGACGGCCUCAUCCAUGCUCUUGCGGCGGCACAACGUCCUCUCUGGCAUUUCACGGACGUCAAAAUCGAUACGGACAACGACAUCGACUGGGCCGGCAUCCUCAUAUUGCUUUUGGAUCUCUCCAAGCUCACACGCCUCGUGGCUGACGCCCUUGGUGACUGGAGCUGGUUCGUCUCGCUCUUGAAGAUGCCGCUUCUUCAAGAGCUGGCACUCCGGUCCAUUACGCUCACGGUGUCACGAGCCACCCUCUCCGACCUUUGA